AGUUUAACUCUCGAGCGAACUCCAAUACUGAAAAAAAAAACCUUCACCAUGGCGGCUGGGGUUCACAUACCCCUCCGGUUCCUUCGGGCCGCGAUCAAAAAGGGCAUAACUGUCCUUAAACAGCGGAUUCCUACAACAAAUGCCCAACAAACCUCACGUGUUCUCGAACCAGUCUAUGCUCGUGUUCCAACUCAGAGUUCCCGCCUUCCAUACGGACAACGCGUGAAGGUUGCUCAACGAUGGUAUUCUACCUCCAACAAUGUGCUCUGCGAGGCUGGCUUCAAGGAUGUCGUUCCAAAGGUCGCUAAAGGUCCUGUUCGUCACGCUGUCGGUAGAUUGACCACUACAACUCCUUUCGCUUCCACUCUCCGACCGAAGCUUGUCGGCGGCGCAUUUCCCCGGAGUUCGGGGGGUUACAGCUUGGGUGGAUCAGCUCGCUACUUCUCGCAUACGCCUACUGCACCGGCUGAGGUUGUAAGCCAGGUAGUCGCUGCGAUGAGAGUUCUAGCAACGAAGGGAAAGAUGGAAGGAUUAAACCAUGGGACCAACGGAAGAGCGGCUGUUCGCGCUCAACUUGCGGCGGGAUUGGUGGAUGAGAAUGCUCCCGGUGCUCAUGUCGACUUCUACCUUUCUCCCACCCUCACCUGCCUUUCUCCCUUGAACGCCAAACAGAAUUCUCUCGAAGAUGAGGGCUUUAUGGAGAGCCUUGGUGCUGACUUUGGCACCAUGCUCGGUGGACUCACCGCUAUCUACUCUGAUAUCAAGAAGCUCAGUCAGCGCGGGAACUUGCCCAUCACUCUUGCUGGGCCCACAGGUGACAUCAUACGUGUGCACUUUAAAGGACGGAGCGGAGCAGAUGUUGAGGCUAUCUGUAACGAACUCGGGAUAAGAAGGGGUGUGGUUUUUGAAGAAGAGUGCUUCGCUAUGGGGCUCUUUGCCCCUGAGCACGGUGAACCUGCUGGGUCGUGGAGAAACAUGAUGAGCGACUCACCCCCCGCCUCUUCAACCUACUCCGAGGAUGGUUUCGAUGAUGCCCUUUCCGAGGCUGAAAGCUACGGGGCUAGCGAUUACUUCGACAUCGACGCAGACGCUAGUUUUGGCACGUCGACUCCCGGCGGAAGUAGCGCUGGAGCCCAUGAUGGUCCAGGAGACGUUUACAGGUUCCUGGAGAAUUUCAUCGAGUACCGCAGCGACUAUAGCACCUACUAGCCGUUUUCUUCCAUAUUUUGUGAGGUGGUCUUGGAGAAUUAUGGUGUUUGUUUCAGGACAAAUUGUUUUUUAGUGAAGGGGUUUCCGGUUUUACUUCUUGCUUCUCAAAUCGGCAUUCGCCAACCAAUUUCUUUAGCCUUUGUCGUUUUUGUAUGGUAUACUACCGGUAUUCACAUGUUCUCUCCCCUAUAAA